ACACCAGCAUCCCCCUGCUCAUAAGGAAGUGCUAACAGCAACCCUAAAAGCACCGAGAGUGACGUAGGUUUUGCAUAGGCUGCAUUAAUUAACUGCCUCCAGCAUUAUGGCACAUUGUGAACGCUUGUACAAUUACUGCUCGCACACCCGAGCCGAGCGUACCAACACGAUCACGCCUGGGAGCGCGCCCCGCCCCACAUCCGACUAAGGCUUCUCGCGGCGCGGGAGCGUGUCCAGGCCCUUGUGACGUCAACCCGCCGGAGGCUCCGCCUUCCGCGCCACCUGGGGGAGCCAUGUGAUCAGAACCACCCUUCUACCCCUCUCGCCUGGCAGGGCGGGGCCGUGGCUGUGUCAUCCCCGCCUCUUCUGUACGGGGCCGUCGGGGACGGUGGCCGGGAGGGGACACGUAGAAGCAGCAGCAGCGGCGGCGAAUUCUCCAUGGCGGCAGAGCGCUCGCGGGUGCGCCCCACCUGCUCCCUUCCCCUGGCAGCGGUCCUGGGGCCCCUUCCGGCCGGCAUGUGACGAAGCGCCGGCGCAGUGUAGUCCAUUUGAUUAGUGAAGUGGAAGGCAGCUGGCAUGAAGUAUCCUUAAGAUGUCAGAAAGAUGUUGGGAUGCUGCAGGUGUCCUAAUUCAACCACCCCUUAUAAACUAAUGCUAACAUAGGUUUCUUCGUUGCAUCACCCUAUGUCCGAUAGCAGCAACUCUUCUGUUUUAUGAUCAGUGUAAUGGUUUGAACACUUCAGUAGCUUACGAAAUGAGCCAAAGUCGUGGAAAAUAUGACUUCUACAUUGGUCUGGUAUUGGCUAUGAGCUCCAGCAUUUUCAUCGGAGGGAGUUUCAUCCUUAAAAAGAAAGGUCUCCUCCGGCUGGCCAAGAAGGGCUCCAUGAGAGCAGGUCAAGGUGGCCAUGCCUACCUUAAAGAGUGGCUGUGGUGGGCUGGACUUCUCUCUAUGGGAGCUGGUGAAGUAGCUAACUUUGCAGCUUAUGCAUUUGCACCAGCUACAUUAGUGACUCCAUUAGGAGCUCUCAGUGUUCUCGUAAGUGCCAUUCUUUCAUCUUACUUUUUAAAUGAAAAACUUAAUCUCCAUGGAAAGAUUGGGUGUUUACUAAGUAUACUGGGAUCAACUGUGAUGGUGAUUCAUGCUCCGCAAGAAGAGGAGGUAGAAACUUUGCAGGAAAUGUCCCAAAAACUUGGUGAUCCAGGUUUUGUGGUCUUUGCAACACUUGUCGUCAUUGUGUCCCUAAUAUUAAUAUUUGUGGUAGGACCUCGCCAUGGACAGACCAACAUUCUUGUGUACAUAACAAUCUGUUCUGUAAUUGGAGCAUUGUCAGUCUCCUGUGUAAAAGGCUUGGGCAUUGCCAUCAAGGAACUUUUUGCAGGAAAGCCAGUGCUGAAACAUCCUUUGUCCUGGAUUCUGCUGCUAGGCCUCAUAGUUUGUGUGAGCACACAAAUCAACUAUUUAAAUAGGGCUCUGGAUAUAUUCAACACUUCCAUAGUGACUCCAAUAUAUUAUGUAUUCUUUACAACAUCUGUUCUAACUUGCUCUGCUAUCCUUUUUAAGGAGUGGCAACAUAUGGCUGCUGAUGACAUUAUUGGCACUUUCAGUGGCUUCCUCACUAUAAUUGUGGGGAUCUUUUUAUUGCAUGCCUUUAAAGAUGUCAGUUUUACUCUAGCAAAUCUGCCUGUCUCCUUACGGAAAGAUGAGAGAGCAGUGAAUGGCACUUUGCCAAACACUUAUGAACGCUUUAAUCAUGAUGAAGAAAGCUCAACCUGUGUAAGUGAAAUACAAUCCAGUGAAAAUGUGUCUUCCAGGAGAAAUGGAAACUUAUCAGCAUUCUGAGAAUAGGUAAAUGUCAAUUAAGAAAAGAACAAUUCUGUAACUUUUUUUUUUCCUUUCCUUUUCUUUAGCUGUGAAAUGUCUGAGUUUAAGAGCUUGUCUGGAAACAAGGUGUACUUCUUAACAGAUAUAUAUAUAUAGACAAUCGUUUAAUUUUUAGGUUUGGUUAGUUUGGACCCAGAGUGGUGGAAUUUACUUUUGCCUUAUUUUUAUUUUACAUACAUUAAAAUGACCUCAGUCUCUUGUUCUUUGUUGCUUUUAACUUAUCGGUGUGAACUUGUAAAUAUUUUUCAUUUGAAUUUUCCAUUUUAAAGACUUAUUGCACUAAUGAUUAUUUUAAAUAUAUCAAAAAUAAAUUGCUUUAUUUCUGCAUUGGUGGUAAACAGACUGACAUGAACCUGAAUCUUUUGCAUCUUUUACAAAAUGAGCAGCCAGGCUGUCGUCUUGAGAUGUAAACUACUUGCCAGGAGUGCCAGCACAAUGCGCUGAAAGCAAAGAAGUGAUUAUGCCAUUUGCCUUCACUUACUGGAAACAAAACCUACGCUGAUGACUUCCAUUCUUAGGCAGUGCAUUGGUAAACUUGGAAUACAGGCAUCCUGCACUGCAGAUUUGGAUUUAUGUUUGUUUAAAGCUUUUUGGUUUGGUUUGGUUUUGCUUUUUUAGACUUGUCAAACAGAACUAUUCCUGAAGUAGGCAAGACUUCAAGGUUUAAUUUGUUUUCAGUUUUUUAAAACAAUGGAGAGAGAGAGAGAGGAGCUAGGAACCAUCCUCAGGCAUAGCAUUAUCCAAAUGCAGUUGCUUGCACACCUUGCCUCCACCCCCAGUCAACCAUGUAUCAGAGGAAAAGAAAAAAAAUAUCUUAAGUUGUUGGCUUAAUUAUGGCUAACCUUUGAAUGCAGAGGCAGCAGAAGCAGGAUUGUCAUUUGGAAUGGGGAUACAGUUAAAUUGCCAGAAACCCCUUGUGCUGACAGACAACUCCAUCUGUCAGCAUAGCUCUGCAGUGUUGCUCAAGUGAGAAGAGCCUGGGCUGACUACAAAAAUGUAAAGUCCUCUCUCUCAUCACUGCUUGAUUUCAGUAAGAUACUGUAGAAUGAAUGUUUGCAAAGGUAUGCUACAGCUUUUAACUCUGGGGUGGAAUGUAGCAUCUUCCCACUGAAAUUUUUGUCCCCUUAGUAGCAAUAGUCUCAUUUAACUUCCUGUUAAGAGAAUACUUUUCUUGUUAGGAAGAGAACAAACCAAGUGGUGAACAAAUUUCAGAAUCACUUAUAAAAACAAAGUGCAAAAUACUAGUGAGUAGAAGGAACUAUGAAAACUGACAAGUAACUUUGUUUUGAGCUUGUUCUGAACCUGGAAGUCAUCACCAGUAACUGAACUGUAGUAAUCCACUGCAAACAGCUGUUCAUCUUGUUUUGUUAGUGAUCUUCUGGUGAUCAGAUCAAUAUUGAAAGUGCUAAUGCAAAAGAAACUCUGUACCAGUUGUAUUCAGGCUGAAAUGUAUGACUCAUCUAAAAUAAGAACAUAUUUUUCAGCUGAAUUAAUGGUUUAAACCAUUAACUGUGUCCACCCAAAUGCACUUUGACCAUGGACUUACCUGGGAGCAGUUCUAGUUUAGUGAUCAAAAGAAUACAUGCUGCUGCUGUGUCCUUUCCAUGUAUUCACCUGUAAUUCAUAGCUAGGGUGAAGUGGUUCAUAUCAAGUGGUUCCUAUCAAAAUAGGCUGAACUACCAGCCUAUUUUGGUUGUCAGACAGGGUACCUUCCUAUUAAAGUUUACUUGUUUGUUUGUUCCUUUUAAUUAUAAUAGUGCUUAUAGUACAUAUUGUGGUGGGUUCCUAUGCACACUUAAUUACUAAAAGUGCUUUAUUGUUUUGCACUUCUUUAGCAUCUUUUACCAGAUGACGGGGGGGAAUGUAUGCGCUUUCUUCCUUGCUCACUCUUACAUCAUCUGGUGAAAGAUGCUAAAGAAGUGCAAAACACUAAUGAAGCCUCACAUUGCCUGUGACCUAGGUGAGUGUAAUAAAGGUUUCCCUUGCUUUAUGCAGGUUCUGUAUGUGCGAUUUUGUUAUUAUGCAGUGACCCUUCUUAUACCACAAACUCAUAUGCAAGGUAAAUUCACUUUUGUGACCUGGUGUGGUGGAAGCCCGCAGUCAGCUGCUUUGUAUGGUGCAUUGUGGUGGCGACAUGCACCAAAAUCUAGUCUCUGGUGUGGAUCUGCGCUCCUCACUCAUUGUCUGUGAUGCGUUUCUCUAGUUGCCAACCCCAUUAAGCUAGUGGGAUGCUUAGAAGCCAUAUCUCCUACUCCUCUCCCUGGUCCAUCAUCACCUACUCUUCACACCAGCUAAACAUAUACCACCACCCUGUGCUUGUGUGUACUGUCUGCUGUUGGUGAAUACCUAAAUUGUCUUGUAGAAAUAGGUUUGGGGGUCAGUACAGUUGAGGUCUUGGAUGUUUGUUACAUUGUAAAGCUGGUUCCCUUUAUGUGAAUUAGAGUUAUGUGCCACUUUCCAGGAAUGCAUGUACAGUAUAAAGUGAGGGAAACCUGUAUACUUCAUGGUUAAUCAACACCUCUGAUGCCACUUAAGUGACUUGCACAUCCCAUUUCCCAGCUGAUUAGUUCUUUGGCAGGGGCACUGUAGGAUCACCCUUUCAUGCAAUAACUUAUAGGCAGUGUUAGCCACAAUGAACAGGGUCAAAGACAUUGUCUAUUAGAUGACAACACCUUUACCAAUUUAGAUAAAUGACUGAAUAGGUCAGGUCCUAUGUAUAGUUCAUUUUCUUCUAUUCAUUCUUGAGGGCAUUGGCUCUAGUCUUACUUUUGCCGUGUGCUUUUUAAUAAGAACUCUCUUUCCAGGUGUAAAGUAGUACAAAUAAAACUCCCAUGCAAGAGAAAAUAAAGAUAGGAAUCCUAGGGAGAAUUCAAGAUAAAAAGGAACAGAAGCACUUAAAACUAUGAAUGAAACUUUUGUAAAGGGAAUUUAGAGGUUUUAAGGAACUAUCAGCUUCUUUUUCACAUGGUUUGAAAUCCUCUCUCUCUCAGGGAGGGGGCAGGAGGCAAAGUGAUCUUUUUAGAUUUGCUGAAUCCUUGUUUGAAUAAGACAGGCUCUGAUUUUAACAUAACUGACGUAAACCGCAUGGUUGUCUCUAGGAUUUGCUAUGCCAAGCUAAUGGGUAGGAAUAAGGACUUGUUUUAUCCACAUUACACUUAGCAUUUCAAAAUACUUUUUCCUAAUAAAAAAAUCAGUAUACGACAAGUCAGGGAACCUGAUUUUCCGUUUCCCAAGGAAAAACAGAAAACUGCAGAUUUCCCUUUUUAGCUGAGAAAGCUGGGGAUUCCCUACUUUUGCAAAGAGCUCUGCAGCCUGUAAGAGCUGUUUGCAAACAAGGCAGGAACCCCCCAGCCCUGCCGAAGGGGGAGGGGAAAGGGUGGGGCCUGAGGCUCUCAGUUCAGCAUCACUCUUUGCUCCUGGAGCUUGAGGUAAGUGGAGCUUGCAGGGGGCUGGGGGGUUGCAGGUCAUGGCUGGAGGUACUGGCAGGGCUGGGGGGAGCCAGGAGCUAGCCCUACCCCCACAUGAACAUGCAGCAGCUGUGGGAGAGCCAGCUCCAUGCUGCUUCUGCUGCAGCUGCCUGCUGUUGGGGACACGGAGCUGUAGACUUGAGGCCCUGACCCCAUAGCCCUGGCAGCUGGGGCCCCCCUCCAGCAAAGCCAGGGGCAGUGAGGGGCAUCAGCAUGGUUGGCAUGGCUUUGGGGCCAAGUGAGGGGCACCAACAGGGCUAGGGGGGCUGCAGGGGGCUUUUAAUUUUAAUAACAGCUUUGGAAAUUUUUAAUCAAAGAAUUCGUGAUUUUUUUUUUAAUCGGAGAAAACCAGGAUCCCUGAACAUAACUAUAGUGGGUUGGUGUGUUGUUUUGCCCCAGUAAGAUCUGUAGUAGUACACACAAGGGAAUUAAUUUAAUUUGUUCAGUUUCUGGUCACACACCUCCUCAAAUUCUGAUUGCCACAGUGGAGCUGUUGGAGGUGAAAAAGCUUGCAAGAGUAUAAAGAGUACUUAUGUAAUCCUAACAAAGAGCUAGUUAGCAAUGUUAGUCUGAAGUCAGAGUAAAGAUGCAUCUUAUAGACUGACUGAGUCAGAGAUGCAUAAGCUUUUGUAACCAAGAGAUCAGUUUCAUCAGAUGCUAUGCUACUGCUUGGAGGAACACCAGUCCUGCAGGAAUGAAUCUGUGUUAUGUUGAUGCACAAACAAGAUGCUGCUUGGUAAAAGGGUAGCAUUUCAGUGUGUUAACUACUUCAGUGGUUCUCAACUUUUUCGAACAAAGCGCUCCUCAGUAACUUGUAUGGAUUUAGUGCAUCCUAGUUGAGAACCACUGUUGUGGUCUCACAACUUAUGACACUUUUUUUUUUUUAAACACUUGAUCUUGUAUCAAUGUGGUCACCUAACUUUAAUUGUUUCUCUCUUUAUAUUCACACUCAAAUAGAUUAAUUAUAGCCUCAGAAUGCAAUUUACCUGACAAAAGGCAUGAAACAUGUCUUUCAAGGGUGCUGCUGAAGCUAGGUAGAGCUGCCUUGCCCCCAGGAGGCAUGUGAGAAGACAGACUGGGAGGUGGUGGCCAUAGAAGCAGGCACCUCUGCCUACAUUAGGUAACCCUUUGAAAGGGGCCUUGAGGUAUUCCAAUUGAGAACCAGUGAGCUACUGCCUGGUAACCACAUGUGAGUGAACCUACAGCAGCUAACUACCCCACAACCUGUAAGAUGGGUAAGAGCAUGCAAAGGAGCAGCUGUUGCAAAACAACUUAAAGACCAUAAAACUGUCUUCUUUCUAACUUGUUUUUCUGCAUACAGUGAAGAUAAAGCUGGCAAAUCAAGGAGACACUGUACUUAAGGUGCUCCCUGCUUCUAGUCAGGAAACUGGAACCUCAACCUAUGCCUCAGCCAUCAGAAUACAUCUUAAAUCCAAUUUAAUUAUGUCUGUACAUAAGUCACACCCUUUUAUUUUGGUAUUUUGGCAAGACAAGGGCUGAUCUGCACAAAGUUGACAUUAACUCCUACUAAGUAUCUCUGUCAAAAUAGAUAACUGCUACUUCUUCACCCACAGCUCUUCCUUACUGCUCCCCCUUUCCAAAGGAGGAAAAGUAGCAGAAAAUAAGACUCUCCUACACAUACCUUUCUAGAACUGAUCUUUUUACCCAUUUAUGGGGUGAAAUCCUAACUCUCCUCAAAGGCUGGGAACCAGUGAAGAGCAGGGAAGGUGGAGAUGAGUCUUAUGUGAAAGGGAAUAAUUUCCUCAGUGGUUUAAAUGCCAUCUUUCUACAUCUAUACUCUAAAGCGCACACUUAUCUGCUGAUUAUAGUAUGCUAAGAACCAACUAGCAUCCACAGUCCCACCAGAAAAGUCCUCUGUUAAACUCAUCAGUCAGAGGGCAAAAAGGCUUUUACUUGCACUGUACUAGAAACUGCCAGUUGGGCUUAGAAUGUAUUGCUUUAAAAUCCAGAUAAGACAGCUGCCACAUUUUACAAACUAUUUUACUGAGGCAUGUUUCACAAAAAUACAAAGGUAUAACAAAACUUAAAUAUUCUCUGUAAGUUGCAAUUUAGUUUCAUUACAGCUCAUGUAUUGAGUUGAGAUAGGUUCAGUGUAUAGAAGCAUCUUUUAAAACAGGAAUUCCCUAGCACCAGCAUGGAAACAACAUGUUGUUUUGAUUCUUAAGCAUCUCUCAGAAAAUUGCUCUUCUUAACAAAAACUUGAUAUAUGAUGAACAGACCCAAAUUUUCUAUAAUGUGAAUUACUAUUUUUUUAAGCAGAGUAUUAUCAGCCACCUCCAUGUUAGAGAAUUACUGUUUAAAAAGGAUGGCUUAAUUAGCCUUUAUUUCCAUAAUUACUGAUUAUAUGGGGUUGUUUAGUUCUGCCAAAAGAAAUCAACUGAUUAAAAAUAUUCACAAAACAUCAGCAGGAACCUCAGUUUAUAAA